GCACCCGCGCGGGGUCGCGUCGCUGCCGCCGCCGCCGGGCCAGCCACCGCGCGGCAUGAAGGGCUGGGGUGUUGCUGCCCCCUCCUGCUCACUCCAACGCCAUGGAAUGCCUGCGGAGCCUGAGCCGGUUCCUGCCCCGGCGCACGCUGUGUACUCUGGCCCGGGGCCUGACCCCGGGGGCGCGCCCCGUUGCCGCCUGCGGCCGCGCGGCCCAACUCCUCGGGCAGAGCCGGGCCGCGCCGCUGUGCGAGCCCCGCCGGCCCCGCGUGGCAGGUGAAAUGCGCCGGUUCAGAACUUCUGAUGCCUCUCAAGCUACUUUAUCCAGUGUAGCGCCAGUGUUUACUGUGACAAAAUUUGACAAAGAGGGAAAUGUUACUUCUUUUGAAAAGAAGAAAACUGACUUAUAUCAAGAAUUAGGUCUUCAAGCCAGAGAUUUGAGGUUUCAGCAUGUGAUGAGCAUCACAACCAGAAACAAUAGGAUUAUCAUGAGAAUGGAGGUAAAGGGUUUUAUGUCAUCUACAUUUCUCACUGGAAUCUUACAAAAUUCCAUAAAUUAUCGUAAUUUAAAUUUAGAGCGAUGGCUGUUCCGGGAACUCCCUUCACAGUUGGCUGGGGAAGGACAGCUUGUCACCCACCCCUUACCUUUCGAGUUCCGGGCUACAGAAGCCCUCCUACAGUAUUGGAUCAGCACUCUUCAGGGGAAACUUAGCAUUUUGCAGCCACUGAUCCUUGAGACAUUGGAAGCUUUAGUGGAUCCCAAACAUUCUUCUGUAGACAAAAGCAAACUGCACAUCUUACUACAAAAUGGCAAAAGUCUGUCAGAGUUAGAAACAGAUAUUAAAAUUUUCAAAGAAUCCAUUUUGGAGAUCUUGGAUGAAGAAGAGUUGCUGGAAGAACUGUGUCUGACAAAGUGGAGUGACCCGCAAGUCUUUGAAAAGAGCAGUGCUGGAAUCGACCAUGCGGAAGAGAUGGAGCUGCUCUUGGAAAACUACUACCGAUUAGCUGAGGAUCUUUCCAAUGCAACCCGGGAACUCAGGGUACUGAUUGAUGAUUCACAAAGUAUCAUAUUCAUCAAUCUGGACAGCCACCGUAAUGUGAUGAUGAGGUUGAACCUACAGUUGACCAUGGGAACCUUCUCUCUUUCUCUCUUUGGACUAAUGGGAGUUGCUUUUGGAAUGAAUUUGGAAUCUUCCCUUGAAGAGGACCACAGAGUGUUUUGGCUGAUUACAGGAAUUAUGUUUAUGGGAAGUGGCCUCAUUUGGAGGCGUUUGCUGUCAUUCCUGGGACGACAACUAGAAGCUCCUUUGCCUCCCAUGAUGGCCUCUUUACCCAAGAAGUCCCUUCAAGCAGACAGAAGGCUGGAAAUGAAGCACAGCUUCCGGCCCGACGGUCUUGGAUCAGGCAAGAGCGUCCUGACAAACCGUUAAGAGACAUCAACACAGGAGAGACCGGGUUCCUUUUCAUGGUAGUCACAGGAAACUUCUGAUACUCUUUUUCUUUUAUAGAGUCAGACACUUGAAAAAAAUCACUAAAAUUGUAAUGUCUGAUGAUAAAGAUAUCAUGGCACUCCACAAUGCUGGAACUUAACUGCAUUUUCAAAAUUGAGGAAAGAAGCAAAAACCUUAAAAUGCUGUUUUUAUAGGCAUGUGAGAAUUGAUUGUUGUAUAGAUUUUCUGAUUUGUACAUGUCUCAGGCCAAGCAAAGCCUGAAAACUUGACAGGCCCACAGUGACGAGAUCAGGUAGCAGUUCUUAGUAAGGGGAUCAUGUUCUUGGGAACUUUGUCUCAGGUAAGGUAGGAAAAUCCAUAAACGAACUCUGAAAGUUUGUGCUUUAAAUCAACCUUUAACGUACCGUAUUUUCUUGUAUUUGUCCCCCUUUUAUGGAUUCCAGUUAAUCAAGAUUUUAUUCUCUUGACCCCUGAAACUAUUUUUCUCUGCUUGGCUGUAAUGGAAGCCUUUGGAAGUAAUGUUGAAACUAUCUCCAUCCUGUUACUGCUCUUAGGUCAUUCCCUGUCUUUAGAGUAGAUGAAAGUGUACGUAGCCCAGUUAAUCUAUAUGCCUACACCUCAGAGAUUCAAACUUCAGAGUGUCCAGAGCAGCUCUUCUACUACACAUGAUAAUGUUGGGCUUACCUGCUACUGUAAUAGGAUGUCAUGGGAGGCAGUUUAGGAGUCCAUUUACCAAGUAGUUUCGUGAUGGGAGUAAAAAUGCUAUUCCAGUAGCUGGUUUGAGAGAAGACAAGAGUUGUACCUUUCCCCACUCCCAUGUGUGGUUAGAAGAAGCCACUAGAAGCUGGAGGAUGCGGUGGCCAGGCUGGGUUGGUCUCAGCACAGAGUGGCCCACUCGCCACCUCCCUGUGGGUCAGGGGCACGCUUGAGGUGUGGGUGUCGGAAUGUGGGAAUACAGAACUCUCUAGCAUCAUAAAUGUGAUGACUUCGAAGACACUUAGAUAACCUUUCCAUCUCAUGGGACACUCCACUUUGUCACUAGGUAACCUAUCACUAUGACUUCGCUGUGACAUGGGAAGAAUUGAAAGCCCAAGGGGCUUGAUUUGACUCUGAUCAGGCACAGAAUUUGGGCCUUUUUCUUUUGGGUGUGAGUUUGUGGAAUAAUUUUUUUUUCCAGGAGCAACUACCUCUUAAGUGUGAUGUAGAGAAGUUACUAGUGUUUUAUAAAGUUCUUGAAGGUGGUUAGAUCAAGGAAGAUUUCAAAAUGUCAGUAAGAAGUUAGGCGAUUUUAAAUUUUGAAUUAAAAUGAGCACAAGUGUUUGGUUAUGUGAGCAAGCAGUCUUAUUCCGUUUAACAAGGUCAAGGAAUGAUAUUAGACUGUUUUUGGAAGGCCUCUAAAGAAAUGUGGCCGAAGAUAGCAAGCUGUGAGAAAUUAACCACUAAAAUAAAAAGCUUUUGGGCACGUUAUUCCAAGAGUUGUACACAGCUUUAUUUUUGGAGUUACGGUACUUUUUCAAAGAUUUUAUUUGGCAGAGGAGAGGGAACACAAGCAGGGGGAGAGGGAGAAGCAGGCUC